GGAAAUCAGCUAUAAAAGUGAGAACCAGGAGUCCCGAUGAAAAUAAGCUUCGACAAAAUAUCUCAACCCUGAACUCAGAGAGAGAGAGAGAGAGAGAGAGAGAGAGAGAGAGAGAGAUUUGAAUUGUGUUCUAGAGAUGGCGGCGGUAAAGCCAGAGUUUGGAGCUUUCAUGGAGAAAUUCGUACUAAGUCCUCCACUGACUGCUUCUACUCAACAACUCCCACUGAGCGGCCUCACAUUCGCCAUCAAAGACAUAUUUGAUGUUGAAGGGUACGUGACUGGAUUUGGUCAUCCGGAUUGGGCCAGGACCCACUCCCCUGCCGUAUCAACCGCUCCCGUUGUUACAGCUCUCUUGAAUGCUGGUGCCACAUCCGUUGGAAAAACUGUCUUGGAUGAAUUGGCCUACAGUCUGAAUGGAGAAAACAUACACUAUGGAACACCCGUUAAUCCAUGUGCCCCAGAUCGGAUACCUGGAGGAUCUUCAAGUGGAUCUGCUUGUGCAGUGGCAGGAAAUCUUGUAGAUUUCUCCUUAGGCACCGACACUGGAGGAAGCGUAAGAGCCCCUGCAGCAUACUGUGGAAUUUAUGGGAUUCGGCCUUCACAUGAUCUUGUUCCUAUUAGUGGUGUUGUUCCUAAUUCACAGAGCUUUGAUACAGUUGGUUGGUUUGCAAGGGAUCCUGUGAUCCUAAAUAAAGUAGGGUGUGUGCUACUGCAAUUGCCUAAUGUGGAACCUGUACAACCAAGUCAAAUUAUUGUUCCAGAUGACUGUUUCCAACUUCUGAGCAUUCCCAGUGAUCGUUUGACCCAGGUUCUUCUUAAGUCUAUUGAGAAGUUGUUUGGAGGUCAAAUUGUUAGGCAUAUAAACCUUGGUGAUUAUGUUAAAGAGAAAGUUCCAAGUUUGAAGCGUUUUCUGGGUGAAGCCAAUGAUCAACUGGAGCAUAAUAUAACAUCAUUAAUGGACCUUUCCAGUUCCAUGAGGUUGCUUCAGAUGUAUGAGUUCAAAAAUAACCAUGAAGAAUGGAUCAGUUCAGUAAAACCUAAAUUAGGUCCAGGGACAUCAGGACGGGUACAGAAAGCCCUUGGGACAACAAGUGAAAACAUUGAGACCUGUCAGAAAAUCAGGAGUGAACACCGUGCUGCUCUUACUGAACUGCUCGGGGAAUACGGUGUCCUUGCUAUUCCUACACUUCCUAGGCCUCCAUUUAAAUUGCAAACAGAGGCUGCAACACUUGAAAAUUAUCGCGCUAGAGCAUUCAGCUUGCUGUCUGUCGCUGGAGUUGCUGGAUUUUGCCAGGUGAGUAUACCUUUGGGAAUGUAUGAUAACCUUCCGGUGUCGGUGUCUCUGGUGGCCAAGCAUGGUGCGGAUGGUUUUUUGUUGAAUCUUGUUGAGAAUCUUCAUGAUUCUUUGAAGGAACAGAUUGAAAUUGCUCAGGGAAUGAGUUUCUGAAGUUGUAUCUUUGUACCAUUCAAGGUAAGCUUCAAGCUCAUCUGUAAGAUGUAAAAAUACAAUAAUAAGGGACAAUUCAUUGUCAUAUUGAUAUGUAUGGGUUUGAGACUAGGAAGAAUAAUCUUGUGUUAUACUGGGUUUCUAUAUUUGUUUCCAUUGUAACUUUUAUUACACCAUUUAAGGGUUUCUAGAAAUGUAAUCGGUUCUACAGUUGCUAUA